UCAACCAAACAUCUACAACAUCAGUACGGUAAUCAACAACCACCAUCUACAACAUCCGAUCAGCAUCUACUAUCUAAAGUCUGUACUGCAUCUAUUUUUGACAAUCAAUAUUUAUAGAAUCAAUAAACUCUGUACCCUUCUGCAUCUUUUUUGGGGUUAUUUUCAAGGAAUUAAUAGUAAUCGAGAAUUAUUAUAGUUUGUGUGGUAGAGAAGACCUAAAUCUCAUAUACGUCCUUAAUAAUCAAGCAAUCAAUCAUGACAAAAUUAAUCAUCUGGAAAUCGAUUUCUAACUUUUUCAAAUCAGAGCGACUCACAAUCUUUGACAGCCUCACGCCACUGGUUCGUUUCUCCAUGUUUUUUGGCACAACGUCUGUUCGUGUCGAAAAAAGUCGCAAAACUUUCACCUAUCGAUUGUUUGAUUUGCCACGUUUUUUGACCUCCAUAUAUAUCCUCUACUACAUUCACAACGGCUACAGGCUGUGUUUCACAAAAAUUGAUGUUUCCACCUUAUACCUUAGAUUUUUAUGCACCAUUGGAACCACGGAAGACGUACUACACGUAUUGAUACCGAUCUUGACCGGUAUGUCGUUUGUGAAACAAAUCAAAAUGAUCCACAAGUUUGACAACCACAUCAAAAAUAUGCCCAACGUAAGAAAGUUGUAUCAUUCUGGUUCAGGUCUGAUAGGAGCUGUCGUGCAGUGUUCUUUGUGUGGCAUAAUGUACCCGUUCAUAGUUUACGACUAUGUGAGGCUUAGACGACCACCGCUGUUUAUAAUUUCGUUGUUUUUCAUUGGUAUGCACAGUUUGGACAAGGUCAUUUGGUUUUUGGUGAUGAUACAUGAGUUGUCAACGAGGUUCAGGUGGCUGAAAAUUGAAAUGGCCGACACUGUGAGAAGGCUGGAGAGUGCUGGAUGUGAUCAGGAGAGUGUAGAGGCUUUUCUUCAAAACCCUUCAAAAAGAUUCGUGGCAUCCGAACUUUCUAAAGACGAAAUUCUGCUAGAAUGCCUGCGUCUCUCCUACUCAAAACUGCUCUCAAUAUCAGACCAAUUAGUGUCAACUUUAGGCUCAGGAAUGCUUCUCACUAUUUUCCAAAAUAUUAUCACUAUAGUUUUCUACGAUUUCUAUGUGUACAUGUAUCUGAUGAGAGAGAUCAAUGCUGGCACGAUCCUUGCUGCUCACAAGCUGCUUAUCAUCUGGACUGCUGUUUGCUUUUCAGAAAAGUUGAUGAAUGAGAGCAAAGCUAUCCUGUUGGAUCUGCAAGCGACAAAACUGACACGAUUGUCGAAGUUUUCUCGGCUGCAGGUGGAGAUUAUUCAGGCAGAGAUCAACGCAAAGCCACUCAGGGUGCAUGUCUGUAACUUAUUUGUACUCAAUAAGACCUUCUUUGCUGCUUUGUUAUCAACUACGCUGACAUAUUUUAUAGUAAUGAUGCAAAUGAUUUCUACCAUUUCUACGAUUGGCGUAGAUAAAGGAGCCUAUAUUCCACCAAUAUAAGAGAAAUUGAGACAGUUCCCAGCGGAGGCCUUCAAGAAAAACAAGAGAACAUGAAUGAUGUGAAGUUAUAUACAGUACUACGACAAGGAUAAGGAGUACCAUGAAUGAAUUCUAAAUUUUGUAUUUUGAUUAAGAAUACAGGGCCUUUAAUCCUCAAACAUAAAAAGCACUGAGGACUGAGUGACCAAAGAAAGUUUUUCAGAAAAAAACAAUAACUUUGGUACCCUAGUCUGAAGAAUCCUAAAAUUAUAAAUAGAAAAAGCAUCAUAAAUAUAAAUAUUUGUACUUUAGCUUUGGAAGUUAUUGUGAAAAAUUCAUCACUAUCAACUAUAGUAAGGUCUACGUUUUAAUGGCAGUAUUUGACCAACAUGGUGUUGCUUUCGAGAAAGCAGAUAGCGCCACUAUCCAUUUCUAGCUCUGCAACGCUCCAGAUCGUUUUUAAA